AUGGAGAGGAAUGACUGUAUGGACGAGUCUGUAUUGCUAAGAAGAGGGUCGUUUGGCUUGUCCAAUAUGCAUGGUUUACGACCAACAUUUCAGUCCUAUUCAUUUGGAGGACUCGGUUGCCCCACAUACAGAAGUAACAAUACACCAGCCUGCCAACAAGCAACUCCGCCAUCUGCUUCAUCAUCUCCCACUGUCCACGUGGACGCAGGUACGUCUAAAGGAGAUGCAGUAGCUUUACCAAGUGUGGAACCUAUGAACCUACAUGUGCGAGGAAAUGAACGUGAGAAAUCGAAACCUCUGUUCCAAUGUAAUCCAUCUGUUAGCUUUGCAGAUUUCUCCCCUGAUGCCCAAUUCAAACGGAAGCAGCGAAGGUACAGAACGACAUUCACCAGCUACCAACUUGGGGAGCUAGAGAAAUCUUUCCAGAAAAGUCAUUAUCCUGAUGUGUUUUGUCGCGAGGAACUCGCUCUGCGCAUUGAUUUGACAGAAGCUAGGGUACAGGUUUGGUUCCAGAAUAGACGCGCUAAGUGGAGGAAGUUACAGAAGCAAUACUUACAGGGGUGCAAGGGUGCAAUCUCAAGAGAUUCGGUGUUAUCUUCCACAAAGAUGAGCAAUACAAAAUCUGCAAUGAAUUUGCCGACCAGAUACCUACACAAUACUUUCAGUCAGGAUUGGCCCCAUAAUUUCAUUCCUAGUGUAGGGGCACUACCUUCUACGUGCAUUUACAGCAGUGCGUCGUCAAAUAUCAUUACGCAUUGUGACCUCAAAGAAGAAGCUGCAGACACGACAUCUGAUGAUAUAAUCCCUGUUGAUAGAGAGGGACAAACUAAUGAGAUCCCAACGGAGAGAAAAAUCAUGAUUUAA